GCCCAGGCGACCAAAAGAAAACGAAACAAAAACUAUCACAUCAAAAAACUCAAUAAUGUCAGAGAAGGGCUUUGAACUUUGCUCAAAUUUUAGUUUCCUUACGACGGAUACCAAUAUGACUCCUUCGACCAGCGCUACAGAGAUGGGCGACCUCAACAGCGAAUACAACUUUGACACCCAGAACAACAGAGCGACGGUACCAUGGCCUGGAGGGACCUACAUCAUCCGCGAUCCAAAAUCAAAUAGACAAAUAACUUUGGUGGAUGGUCAUAUCAGCAUGGAGCCUCACUUAGGUGACCAAGGGGGUUACCACUGGCAUUGCAUUUCCAAGGACGGAUGGCUUGGAUUUCGCAAUCCUAGCGACGGCCUACACCUCGGGCAUGACAACAAGGGCAACAUUGUUGCGAAUCAGCGACAUCAUUUAGGUUGGGAAUCAUUUGUCACCAGAGGGUAUCCCGAUGGUGGUCAAAUGAUAUAUACGAGGCAUGACAACAUCAAGUUACGGGUGAUUUCGAACUUGGAGGGAUACAAACUUGGGUACCACAGUGAUGAAAAGAAUGGGAUCGUGUGGGAGUUUAUAAAGGUGUAAAGGUUGAG